AAACAUUUUUUUUAAAGCGUUAUGGAUACUUCCACCAUCGACAUGGACGUAUCACCCCUAUCAUCAUCAGCAACAGCCUUUUAACGUAUUUUCUUAUCCUCAGUUUCAGAAUGAUCCUGCAGGCAAUUUUUGGAUUGGUUCUCCUAUGUUGUCAUCUUGUUACCAAUAACGCUCAAAGUGUGGGUGAUUGUGAUUUUGAGAGAAAUAUGUGUAAUUGGACAAACGCAAAGGGCGAAGACGAUUUCAACUGGACCCGUUAUUCUGGGCGAACAGCAAGCUUCAUUACUGGACCAAACAGGGAUCACACUACCGGAUAUGGGGUAUAUUUAUACAUCGAGACAUCAUCCCCACGCUACAAAGGCCAAGUAGCUCGGCUUAUAAGCCCCCGAAUGCGAGGUCCUCAAUGCAUGACACUUUGGUAUCACAUGCAUGGUUCUGACAUAGGGCACCUUGCCAUUUACGCCAACAACAAUGGUUCACUUCGUCUCCUUUGGCUUAAAGGCGGAGAACAAGGACAUUAUUGGCAUGAGACACUCAUUGAUAUCCUGGAAACUAAAGAAUACCAGGUGGAAAUAGAUGGAGUUUGCGGGAAAAGCUAUGAAGGUGACAUAGCUAUCGAUGAUAUUGCUUUUUAUCCUGGCGUUUGCACAAAACAAGCUCCCCCAAAACUGUAUACUUAUGCUGAUGUGGAUCAUCAUGGUCUCAUGGACCAGCAAGGCCUACCAUCACCUGGUCCACGGUCGCUCCAAUAUAGCCUCCAUUUCCAGCAAGAACCAAUUCACAAUCAUGAUCAGUUCUAUUUAAUAUGCCAAGACCAUUCAGGACUCAGAAUCAUCAAAACAGAAUACAUACCUCGACAGACGUUUCCAUGUGAGCCGAGGGAUUUCUUCUACUCGUCCAAUUCCAGCAGAAGAGGAUUGUUCCCCUUCUUUGUAGUAGACAGAGGAACGUCUGCUCCACAGAUGAUAUCAUUAAAGAAUGAUACUACCUAUUGUACUGGACCAAGUAGCGUUACCCAGUUGUUUGCAGCAUCCAUCGAACUUUCUGUGAAUCUUGCACACAACAGCACCGUAUCACUGUCUUCACACGUACCAGGCUUUCCUGCAACGUUCGCUAUUGAUGGAGAUUACAAGACAUGUGCCAAAACUCUUCAGCAAGACAAUCCCUGGCUGGAAAUGAAGCUUUGUGGUUCACAAUUCAUCUAUAAAGUCUACGUCACCACACGACAGAACUGUUCAUAUGGCGACCAUUUGCCUAACAUAACAGUCAGAAUUUAUGACUUGAAUAUUCAAGUCUCAUGCAAGACUACUGACCAACGUGCAAAGAAAACCUCACGUGUUUUCUUGUGUCAGCCUCCUUUACGUGCUCAUAAAGUUCGCAUAGAAAAUCAUGGAAAACAGAUUCAGCUAUCACUAUGUGAAGUUAUUGUAAACGCUGUAGAUUCUCUUGAACAUCUUCAAGGAGUAAAAGCGGAAGCUUGGCAUAGCAUUAGUUACAGCGACCAGUUGUCGACCUUCAUUAAAAGCCCCAAAAGAUACGACUCUCCAGAUAUCAGCGAAACGCACUAUGAAUUCUUCGACAAUAAUUUUUUUGUUUUUUAUGAUUAUGGUCAGCGGCUUACUUCUUUUAUACAGGCCCCAGAUGACGGAAGAUACAUAUUUUAUGCCACGUGCGGCGAUCAAUGUAAGGUGUGGAUGAAAAAUCUAAAGAGCUUAUCCGACGUUUUCUUUGUCGAAGAUUUGGAGUACAAGAAGCAAGAACUUUUACAACUUAUAUUUGUGACUCGAUAUACUGGCUAUGGACGGUGGUCCAAAUACUCUUUUCAAACGCAUAACAAGGACCUCGACUCAUGCCACAUGUACAUGUUAGAAACGGCCGUCAAAAGUGAGCUAUUCGGAAUGGGUUACAUUGGUGUUGGCUGGAAAACUCCCAAUGGAGUAAACAACAGACCCUUGAGCCUUCCCAGUAUGUUUUGGAUUCUUCCAGGUCUCCAGAUGCUAAACACUACAAUUCUUGAACCGCCAAUGAAACAACGUUCGGUAGUCGUGGGUCAGACAAUGAAUAUCUCAAUGUCAUAUCGCCUCUGUUGCCAUGGUAUCUACUGCCCCGCAUCAUGUUCAAAAUCAGUCAGGCUUCAAUUACUAGGUUAUACAUUCAUGGUUAACUCUUCCCUGUCAACCACAUGCCAGUGGUACAACUAUACAGCAAGCUUUGUCAUUGAAAAUCAUCCCGGGAAAUAUGACAUUAAGGUUUUAGAGUCUACAUCCAACACCAGCGUCAACAGUCACACUAUUAGAGAUCUUGAAAUCAAAGCUCGUGUUCUCCAUAGCUGUUUCUACCAAGAUGAGUCAUGUUCAUGGAGAAUUAAAGGCGAUGGUGGACACAUGGGAUGGGUUGUUGAAAAAACUGCAAAUAACAAAGGGCUGCACCUGCAAGCUGAAGCCAACACUACCGCGUUGUUACAAAGUCCCCUUGUUCAGCCCCAGCUAAUCUAUCGGUCUAUAGGACUUUGUCUUGAGUUCAGCUAUCGAAAUAAUCACGAAUCUUCCCGGUUGGAGGUCAUCGUUUAUACACCUUAUAAUCAGACAGUUUUGUGGCAUUUAAGAGGAAUGCAGGGCUCCCAGUGGAAAGAAGCAACAAUACCGUGGCCUGCCUACUUAAUCAGCCAGGCAAAUAAUACUACGUUAUUAAAAGAUUCUAUUCAGAUGCGAGGAAACACAGACACCAACAGCAGUGUUGCCGUGUCUGACAUUCGUCUCUCGACAAUAAAAUGUUCUUUAACACCGAAGCAUGCUACACCAGGACACGUCUGCGAGGCUGAUGAAUUCCAAUGCCACAACGGCGAAUGCGUCAAAUCCAAGUUACGAUGCGAUGGGGACUACGCAUGUGUAGAUCAGUCAGAUGAAAGGAAUUGCGCAUGUCAAUCAUCGCAAUAUGAAUGCCCGGAUGGAGACUGUCUAGAAGUUACUAAGUUAUGUAAUGGAAUAGAGGAAUGUGCAGAUGGUUCAGAUGAAGCAGGCUGUGGUAACGUGUGCAAUGAAAACCAGUUUUCCUGUCUGGAUGGAUCUUGUGUAACAUGGUCUGUCACGUGUAAUGGAGUGCGGGACUGCAAGGAUAGAUCAGACGAGCCGGACAUCUGCUCCUCGCUUAGAUGUCCGUUAAACAAAGUUAAUUGUGCAACCACAACAGAUCACUCUAUUCCAAGAAAGGAGUGCCGAACAUUUAGAGGGCCCUGUAAUUUUGAGUAUGGAUUCUGUGGACUUACAACAAGCGACACAAAUCGAUCGAGCAAAGCAAAAUGGCAAAUAAUGAAAGGCCAAACCCCAACUUCAGAAACUGGCCCUUUAAUUGAUCAUUCAAGACCAGCUGCAAAUGGUAGUUACCUUUACCUCGAAGUUUCAGGAUUAGUUCGUGAUGAUGCAGCACAACUUUACAGUGAUUGGCUAGAGUACGCUAAUGUCACGUGCCUACAAUUCUGGUACCACAUGUGGGGACGUCACGUGGGUUACCUGAAUGUAUACAUCAUGACAAACCAAACGAGAAUUAAGGUGUGGAGUAGAUCAGGGGACGCUGGUCCAAAAUGGAGGUUCGCACAGACAACCAUAUACAAUAAUGGAAGCAGUUUCAAGUUUAUAUUUGAAGCAACCGCUGGUAAUGGUAACGAGGGUGAUAUUGCUAUUGACGAUGUGGAUCUCAUCACAGGAAAAUGCGAUUUAUCUAAUUUUGGUUCGAGUAGUUGUAACUUUGAUCGUGACUUUUGUAACUGGAAAAACAACACUGGAUGGGUUUUGCAAAAUGCAGAUUCAAAAAGUUCUGAUGUCCCCGUAAGAGACAAGCAAAGUGUCGGAAUUGCUCGCACGAAUCCAAAAUACGUCGAAGUUACGCCAAAGAUGGAGAGUCCAGUGAUAGAUCCCCAAGAAGGCUUCAAAUGUCUGCGAUUCUGGUUUUUGAUCAAUAGUACAUCUACCAUCAUACAGCUGUACUCUAUCAAAAUCUCGGACCUUAGCCGCAAAACAUUGUGGUUCGAUAAUAAACUCACAAAAUCUUGGAGUUUCAUGCAAAUACCUCUCCAGACAAAGCACGAAUAUAAGCUAUCGUUCGAGACCAAUAGACAAGUCCAAGACAUCAAGCUUGUGGUAGCUGUAGAUGACAUCGUACUUUCAAGAGACAGCUGCCAGAAUGCAACUUCAAUGAAUAUAAACUGUAAGAUGCGUACAACACAAGGCGAUUGCUGUUCAUUUCCGUUCAUUUAUAAAGACAAGUGUUACUCGUAUUGUAUCGGGGUCGACGGAGUGAAACCAUGGUGCAGUUUAACUGAUAACUACGAUCGCGAUGGACAGAAAGGGUUCUGUGUCGGUGGUAACACCGCUCUUCAAGGAAAUCCUGUGGACUGCAAGAUUAGUUAUGGCAAACAGAAACCAACUCCACAAAUGUUCCCUGUCCGUGGUUCGCCAUCAAACGUCACAUGGUCUCCAAGGUUGUCUUCUAUUGAUGUCGUCUUUAACCAGGAUAACGUUAAUGGUUCUAUUAUCGAUAUUGCAUCCGGCCUAUUCGAAAUACCCUUUAAUGUUCCGACUAAAGCAUUGGUCACCUUCAUUAUACCAGAUCUUGAGACAUUCACAGCCUGUGUUUGGAUGAAGACGAAUGAUACAGUAAACCAAGGAACUCCCUUCAGAUACCAUGGCACUAAUGCCACCGGAUUUGGGUUGAUCAAUUACAAGAAUAUAGCCAUAAGGCUUAUGGGCAAAGAAAAGAACAGUAAUGUAUCAGCCAACGAUGGCAGAUGGCACCACCUUUGUCUCGUUUGGACCUCAAAAGGAGGAGUUUAUCAGAUGUACAAAGAUGGAAUGUUCGUGAUUCAGGGUAACGAUUGGCAUAAAGACCAAAAGAUACCAGGUUAUAGUACCUUGCUAGUUGGAGCAGAUAACUUCGUUGGAAAGAUUAGUGGAAUGAAUGUAUGGACAGUAGUUAUGGGCCUGUCAGAGAUAGCUCAACGCGCAGUAGGUUGUGGUAAAGAAAGAGGUGAUAUUGUAUAUUGGUCAACAUUCAGAAACCAAGAAGAUGUGGUUUAUCCGCCAACCUGCCUUGAUGUUGGUGGUAAAGGAUAUCUUAUAACGCUAAACUCUACCAAGCAAACUGCAAGCGACUUAAUUAGCAACGUCUUCAACAGCCCAUUAGCUGAUUAUUCCAUUAGCUUUUGUUUUUACUUCCGGUACAUGGUGAUUGGUCACUCAAAUGCAUCUCUUAAGAUAUACCGAUCUGAUCUAACAGAUCUUGAUACUAAUACGACUAAUGAAGAACUUGUAUGGGAAGCCGUGUCGUCCGAAACACGUAUACCUUUGUGGUUAUUUGGAACCGUGUCUUUUAGUGCUUUACGGACAUUUAAGAUCAAGGUCAGCGCAACUGUAGGUCCUGGUCAGGGUUCUAUUGGACUGGCAGGAUAUUUCGCAAAGCCUGGGUAUUGUCCAUCUUUUAGCAAAUGCGAAAUAAGAGGCUGCCAAGUGCAGUUGGCGAGUCAAUCAGGGACAUUCACAUCCCCUUACUUCCCUGAUUUAUAUCCAAAUAACACCCGAUGCCAGUGGUUGAUAACCCGGCCAAAUGGCAAAAGAAAUAGAAGAUUGCAACUUUAUUGAAAAUUGUCCAUCCAGUUGUACCUGUUCGGCUGUACUAGGAAACCCUCCACCAGUUAUGAUAAUCUGCAAGGGAUUGACAGCGAUCCCGAGGAAAACUCCAGUCAACACAAUUGCAAUGAUGAUCACUAAGAACCACCUGUCACG